AUGCAGAACACUCCUUACUCUACGACGACGGGCAUUGAAACAGGCGAACAUGAUCCCUUAAUUUUGCCCGAUCCUAAGCCAGAGCUGAGUCCGCUGUCGGGCAAGGUACCGUGGUACAACACCGCUCCUCCAUUCCCUCGACGAAGACGGAGACGAGCAAGGGAAUCUCCACUUGCUCCCCCGCCACCAGCAGAACCCAUACCCGGCGUGAAACCACCUACAGCAGAAACCGCUCCUAUCCAACCUUGUCACUCUCGUAGAAGCUCAUAUGCAAAGUCUGAGACUUCGCGAAGAACGUCUAUACCCGCUGCUAUCCCUGCAUUACCCAAAGAUACCAGAAAACCUACGACACCCGCAAAACCUGCAUCACCCACCUCGACAAAACCUACAGAACCAUCAGAGACGCCAACUCCAGCGACUACAACUCCGUCGUCACCAGCGGUUGCACCAACGCCGCCUCCUAAACCAAAAGCAUGGGGCGCUCCCAAAGCAUGGUCAGAACUACUAAAGAGCCCGGGAGGUUCUCUCCCAUCAUCCACUAAAGUAAAAGCACAAUCCAUACCAGCAAAAGCCGCAAACCUCGGCGAAGCCCUCCAACAAUUCCAACCCCAGCAAAAGGGAACACAAGCCCCCAAGAUCCAGCCACGAGGGUUGAUCAACACCGGCAACAUGUGUUUCAUGAACGCAAUCUUGCAGGUGUUGAUUUACUGUCCUGCAUUCUAUAAUUUGCUGGAUAGUGUAGGGAAGCAGGUCGCGCAUAGGUUUGCGUCGAAUACGCCGUUGAUGGAUGCUAUGAUUAUAUUUUUGCGUGAGUUUAGGGUGUUGGAUGAGAUUGCGAAUGCGACGGGUCAGGCAGGGAUUCAGUUGAAACAGGAAGAAUUGGAGAAGUUCGGUGAGGUGUUGGUACCCGAGUAUGUCUACGGUGCCAUGAGAGGAAACCCCAGGUUCGACUCCAUGCGCCGUGGACACCAGGAGGACGCAGAGGAGUUCCUUGGAUUUUUGUUGGAUGGGUUGCAUGAGGAGUUCAUUUCUGCUAUGAAAAGCAUCCCUACGACGAUUGAGAGGUAUGUCGAUGAUGAUGAUAUCACCCAUGAGGCAUAUGUCCCAUUUGCGGAUGGGUUGGGCCAGGAGAUGAGGGUUGAGAAGGUUGAGAGUGAGGAUGGGUGGCUCGAGGUUGGAAAGAAGCAGAAGACGAGUGUGACGAGGACGCAGACGGUGGUUGAGACACCGAUUACGAGGAUUUUUGGUGGAAAGCUGCGGAGUGUGCUCAAGGUUCCGGGACAGAAGGCGUCGGUGACCUUGGAGCCUUAUCAACCUCUGCAACUCGACAUCCAGCCUUCGAAUAUUCGCUCGAUUUUGGAUGCGAUGAAGCAUAUUACUGAGCCUGAAUCUCUUGAUUGGAUCAAUGCUCGCGGUGAGAACUUGACGGCUACGAAGCAGGUGUUCAUCGAGACACUCCCUCCUGUUUUGAUUUUGCAUUUGAAGAGGUUUAUUUACGACAUGACCGGUGGUACGCAGAAGAGCUGGAAGAAGGUUGGAUACCCGCUGGAAUUUGAGGUGCCGCCUGAGGUGAUGAGCCCGGGUCUCAGGACUGAGAAGACGCGGUACAUGUUGUUCGGAGUUGUUUACCAUCACGGACAAUCGGCACAGGGAGGUCAUUACACGGUUGACGUUCGGACGCAGGAAGGUACUUGGUUGCAUGUGGAUGAUACCAACAUUGUGGAGGUUCGGCCUGAGGAUGUGGCUGUCAAUGUUAACAAGGCUGAGGAGGAUGGCAUGAAUGGGUUCAACCGACCGGAGCGGAUGGCAUACAUUUUGUUUUUCAUGAGAGUCUAG